CCAAAUCAGAUACCGAAGGCCGACAGCCCCGCGCGCAGCGCGACGGCCUCAGGCAGAUCUUUACCAGGGAGUGGCUCUGCUCCGCUGUCCCACGUCAUCCACGUGGCGGUUGGACGUGGUCACGGCCAUUCACGAGUGCAUGGGUGAACCAGCGAGCUUGCGGCGGGGUUGGGUGUUCGUAAUUAUUAUGCUAUUAUCAUUUUCAUCAUUUAAUAAUAAUAAUAAUAAUAAUAAUUAUAAUAAUAAUAAUAAUAAUAAUAAUAAUAUACUAUAAUAAUAACAAUAAUAAUAAUAAUAACAAUAAAAUAUCUGAAUAGCAAAAACAAGGACCAACCACAACAAGACGGUCUUCAUCUCCAAACGACACGUGUCCAGCUUCAAAGGAGACCAGACAAUAUCGGCAACGAGCACACUUCCGUCCGACGGCUAUGGCGUCAGCAGUCCCAACUGUGGCGACAGUGGCCUCCAAGCUUGGCUGCCAAUCCGGAUUAGAGCUGGUUUCACCGUCCGAGGGGGUGACGACGCAUCGUCAUGUGCGACAGCGGGCGAGCAUCGUGGGAGGCAGCUGCUGCAAGGGCUGGCUAUGGCAGACUUCAUCUCCCCUCUCCAUGGGAGUCCGGAGAGGGGAGAUGACCUGCAGUGGUGGCCAUGGCCAUGACCAUGACCAUGGAAGCAGCAACGGCUUCGUCUGCUCGGAUUUGACCUGGGCACGGGAUCGGAUGCACGAGGUUGUCGGCUCGUCAUCCCUAGCAGGUGAGAAUGUGGUCCGACAUGCCAAUGGUGCUCAAACCCGCCAUCAUCGUCGUCACCACGGGAAUUGCGAGCAGAGAGGGACGGUUGUGUGUCUGGCUGGGAGAGAUGAUGGCGGCGAGCCAUCUACGAAUGCCGCUUCGACAGCGUACAGGAGUUUGGUUUGUCAGUCUUGCGAGGGGAAUGGUGCAGUCGUGUGCACUCAGUGCAAGGGAGGAGGAGUGAACCUCCAGGAUCACUUUCAAGGGCGAUUCAAAAUGGGGGCUGUUUGCUGGCUAUGUCGUGGGAAGAAGGAGACUCUCUGUGGAAAUUGUAACGGAGCCGGCUUUCUGGGCGGCUUCUUGAGUACAGCGGACGAGUAGACCCACCUCUACCUUUACCCGUUGUUUCAAUCUUAACAAGCCUCUGCUUCUUUUCCGACUUGACAACAACAGACAUGGCCCAUCAUGAGCACAUGGUAUGAACCCUAGUUAGGCAGAUCGCAGGCUUUCUAUCAUCAGGGUGUGGAGGUGUAGAUGGAGAUGAAAACCGAGAUCGAAACGGAGAUGGCAAUGGAGAUGGAGAUGGAGAUGGAGAUGGAGACGGGGGGAUAGGAGAUGGAGAUGGAGAUGGAGAUGGAGAUGGAGAUGGAGAUGGAGAUGGAGACGGGGGGAUAGGAGAUAGGAGAUGGAGAUGGAGAUGGAGAUGGAGAUGGAGAUGGGAGGAUAGGAGAUAGGAGAUAGGAGAUGGAGAUGGAGAUGGAGAUGGAGACGGGGGGAUAGGAGAUGGAGAUGGAGAUGGAGAUGGAGAUGGAGAUGGAGAUGGGGGAAUAGGAGAUAGGAGAUGGAGACGGGAGGAUAGCAGAUAGGAGAUGGAGAUGGAGAUGGAGAUGGGGGGAUAGGAGAUAGGAGAUGGAGACGGUGGUAUAGGAGAUAGGCGAUGGAGAUGGAGAUGGAGAUGGAGAUGGAGAUGGAGGCGGGGGUGUGGCAGAACAGUCUGUUACCACGACAUAUUUUGACUGAAGUUAUGAGCCUCAGAUCGGCUCUUCAAAUGCGUCAAUCAAUGGAUAGAUCAGAGGAGAACAUGGAUGUAUCAAUUGAUAGAUAGAUGAACUGGUAGAUGGUUGGUUGGUUGGAUGGAUGGAUGGAUGGAUGGAUGGAUGGAUGGAUGGAUGGAUGGAUGGAUGGAUGGAUGGAUGGAUUUAUGAUUGGAUGGGUGGACUGAUGAUUGGAUGGAUGAGAUAGAUGGGUAGGCAAACUGAAUAAGGACGAUCACGAUCUAGGAUUCUCCGCAGGCCGCGGGGAAAGGGGAGGUAGCGCAACUGAUAGUAAUUGGGCAGCAGGCUUGAAGAGGUAGAGAGGCUGAUGGAAGCAGCUCGCAGGGAACGCAGCGGUUGAGGUUGUCUGUACAGUGCCCGACCGUACACGGUCUCAAGAAUGGAUAUGCUUCCUGUGCUGUGCAGACUGUGGUACGGACUCGACCGUUCACGGGCUCGAGACCGUACAUGGACUCGAGACCUCGACAGUGAUAUGCUUCCUGUACUGUCCAGAGUGUGGUAUGGGAAUUCACUGGUACUUGGACCUUCGACUUUCACUGGUACUCGGACUUUUGACUUUCACUGGUACGCGGACCCUUGACUUGACUAUGACGGUCUUGCCGAUGACUUGCUGUUUGUGAAACUAGCCCACAGAUAAUAGCUCUCCGAUCCCAGCGCCACUGGUCCCCCCAGCUAUCCAUCUCUACAGGAUUGGGUCCCAUCAUCUCCAUGUAAGAAUGGUCCCUGGGUACUGUUAACGCCAGGUGAGAAUGGUCCCGGGGCUCUGCGAACAGAUGUACUCUAUUGUGACUGCAGACAUUCUGAUCUUGAGUGGGAAAUGCCACGUCAAUGACUGUCGUGAUGGCCUCAGGUCAUGAAUCUCCCUUUUUUUGACAACCUGUGUGUGCGGUAGGUCGUACUUGGCGAGAGCGGUGCUUGUGUAACCGCGGGGACUCGUGCAACAGAUGCAGUAAGUGCUAGUGCUAGCACUGGUCUGUCAUGUCUCGAUUAUUGUGGUGAUGCCAGGUUGGCCAACUGGCGUUGAUUUUUCCUACUUGACGGCUGUGAUGUGACAUGUGCAAAUGAAGCUGUGCUGUAAAA